GCAAGAUGGCGGCGCGGCGCGGCCCUGAGACGGCGCCCGGCCUCGGCCGAGCCCGGUAGCGCCCGGCUAUGCCGCGCUCGCGCAGGGGCCACGCGGCCCGCAGGGGCGGCCGCGGAGCUCGGAGCAGUGCCAAGGCAGACUCCCAGGCCAGCGAUGACGAGGCAGCCAGCGAAGUGUUGAGUCACUAUAGCAGUGCCAGCGAGGGCACCAGUGUUGCAGAGGAAGGCACUGGGAGCGACACAGUGGAUGAGCAAGCUCAACAGGAGGAAGUGGAGGACAAACUGAAGGAGUGCAUUGACAAUGUGCUGGACAAGAGUGCCAAGACACGGCAGGUGGCUCUGGAGAACCUGCGGCUUGCCUUCUCCUCCAAGAUGCUCUUUGACUUCCUGCUGGAACGCAGGCUUACGCUCACAGACUCCUUGGAGAAGUGCCUGAAGAAAGGUAAAGGGGAGGAGCAGUCUCUGGCUGCUACUGUCCUCACACUACUGUGCCUUCAGAUGGGCUCCGGCCCCGAGGGGGAAGAGGUGUUCCGCAGCCUGAAACCCCUUCUCAUCAACAUCCUGACCGACACCUCGGCCAGCCCCAUCUCUCGGCAGAGCUGUGCUGUGGCCCUGGGGAUGUGCUGCUAUAUUGCUGCUGCGGAUUUGGAGGACUUGAUUUCGUGUCUUACCUGCCUGGAGGGCAUCUUCAGCACUUCCUGCCCAGAGGAGGGCAACUCCAUGCCUGCCCAACACAGUCCUCUGCUCCAGACCUUGCACUGCAAUGCCCUCCAGUCCUGGUCCCUCCUACUCACCAUCUGCCCCAGCUCCUACAUCAAGAAGAUCCUGGACAAUCACCUACUCAAGCUGCCGCUAAUGCUGUCCAGCGACAAUGUCAACCUACGCAUCACGGCAGGCGAGACCAUUGCGUUGCUCUUUGAGCUAGCCCGUGAUAUGGAGGAGGAUAAUUUCUAUGAGGACACCGACCUCCUGUGCACCAAGCUGAAAGCCCUGGCCACAGACAGCAAUAAGUACCGGGCCAAGACAGACAGGCGCCGGCAGCGCUCCAUCUUCCGCGACGUACUGCAUUUUAUUGAGAGUGGCGAGUUUCAUGAGGAGACCAUCAGGUUUGGUCUGGAGUGCAUGUAUGUGGACAGCUGGGUCAGAAGGAGAACAUACGACGCCUUCAAGGAGGUUCUGGGCUCUGGAGUCAGGCAUCACUUGCAGAACAACGAGCUGCUGCGUGAGAUAUUUGACCUGGGCCCUCCACUGGUGCUUGAUGCUGCCGCCAUCAAAGCCAGCAAGAUCUCCCGCUUUGAGAAGCACCUCUACAACUCAGCCGCCUUCAAAGCCCGGACAAAAGCCAGGAGCCGUGUGCGUGACAAGCGAGCCGACAUCCUGUAACAGGGGCCGCUCCCUGCGACCCCUCCUUCUGCACAAAUCCAUGGACUACAGACCCCAACCACUGUGAUGUAGGGAGAGAAGUGGGAGGGGAGUGGCACCAGAUGCUCCCCUCUCCCCACUCCUGAAAGUGCAAAGCUCAUGCCACAUGCUCCCUCCUCCAGCUCUGGGGGCUUUUAUACAAGAACAGAACCGUGUAUGAGGGUGUGGAUUGUGGAGUUGGUGUGGCAACUAUGGGCCAAGGCCCUUUUUAUUUUUAUUUUAUUUUAUUUUUUAACCAAAAAAAAAAGUAAGCGAGGUUUUGGGAAGUGGGGAAAUCCUUGCCUCCCCCACCCCUGCUCCCUAGCUAGUGGCUUUUGCCUCCCUCACACUUCCCUCCCUCUCCCCCUUUGGCUGUGUGCACUAGACCAACCCCCUCCUGCCUUCUCCAGUAAAUCAGUCCAGUAGGCUGCCAGUCAUAGUCUCCAUGGAGGUGCCAUACAUCAAAAAGUAGCUUGCUGGGGCAUGAUGAAGGGGGUGACAACAGAGGUGCGGGAGAGGUUUCCUGUUCCCUGCCCUGCAGUGGCGGGUGCCUGAUGUAGACUGGCUGAAGCAGACAUUGGAAGAUGCUGCUGGUGGUGGUGAAGUGCAGAGUGGGGUGGGGUGGGGUGGGUUCCCCCCCCCCCCCCAUGUCUGUGACUCCCAUCAUGCUGUGCCAACAUUGCAGUGCUGCUGUCAUGUCACUCAGGGCCUGCUUGUGUAGACCUGUCCUCUACUCCCAUGGUACAGGCCUGCCUGCCUCUUCCCUUACCCUAGAGCAGGAGCCACUGGCUUCAGUGGCAUCCCUGUGUAGCACUUGGGCCAGACUAGCCACCCAGACCCCUGUGGGACUAAUGGUUCUCUUUAUGUCUUGGUGCUGGGCAGGGCUGUUUGGAGGGUUUCUUACUGCACUGGAAGGGUGGUCUCUAGUAGUACAGUGUGCACUCACAGCGAUGAAAGGAAAGCCUUUCCAUCAUGCCUGCCUGCCUGCUUGCCUGUCCUGGCUCCAUGCAAAGGUCAACCCCCCUCUCCCUGUUCCCUUGAGGGAACAGGCACUCUCCCCAAAAAGCUGGCAGCACAACCCCCUCCUAACACCGAAGAUGCCUCCUGUCAGUCCAAGCCAAAGCUUGAAGGAGUCAGACUGGGCCAGGUGUGAUGGAGGCUGGAUGAACUCACUCCUCCCUGUGCUAUCUCACCCCAGCCCUGGGACUGGGCAACCUGGAACUGGUCAGAGAUGGGAACUUAACUGCAGCCAAGUGGAACAGAGGGGAUGUGGGGCAACUGUCAAGGCUCUGAAAUGCCCAGGGGGGCCACAGGGCUAAGUACCUGCUUUUAAAUGAUUUGUUUCUAUCCUGUGGUGUAGGUUGUAGUUGUGUUGGUCUAAGGACAUAAGCUGACAAAGUUCUUUACUAAAUCUGGUAUCUUUUAUUAAACCAACCCAAAUAGUUGGAAAAAUUCUCCUUUGCAAGCUUUCAAGUACAAAUACCCUUCAUCAGGCAGAAGAAGCUUCUGUAGUUGGUCUGUGCUCUUCCUGGAUGGAGUAGUUAAGUAGCCAGAGGCCAGUACUUAUUCAAGACAGCCAGUCAGAUAAAAUGUAAAUUAAGGUAGUCAAUAGGUGAGAAAUGGGGGGUGGGGGAGGGGAAAGUAGCUGUAGUCAAUGGAGGGGGGAGGAGGGAACGAAAGACUUGCUGGUAAAAAGUGGCAAGGUUACCUGCAGUCAGAUGUUAGGUAGGUUAUAAUGUGCCAUAAAUCCAAUGUCUGUAUUUAGUCCAUGAUUUUAAAUCCAGUCUCUGAAAGGUGUUUUGUAAGUUCCCUUUGAGGACUAAAACAGUGAUUGGAGAGAGGGUGGAAAAUAUGUAGGAGAAACCAAACAACAACUGCACCAGAAUGAAUGCACACUGAAAAUCUAUUAAAGACAAGAAUACCCAAUUACCUGUGGGGGCACAUUUCUUACAAGGAAGCCACUGUCUCUUCAGUGUCUCAGUUCUAAUCUUCAAAAGGAAUUUACAAAACACCUUUCACAGACAAGGUUAUGAACUUCACUUCCUCAACCUACUAAAUACAAAAGAUCUUUCCCCAUUCCCCCACCUGUCUCUCACCCUGGCAAAGGGUAUUUGUACCCAAAAGCCUGCAAAGAAGAAUUUGAGUUGGUUUAAUGAAAGACACUGGAUUUAUCCAAAGAGCGUUUAUUUGCUUUGUUUUUAUCCUAACACUGUCCAGAAGCCCCUUUGGCUCUGACCCAUGUUUCUCCCAGCCCCAGCACAUGUAGGCAGUGCAGACUCAGCACCACCCUCCUAUCUUUCCCCAGCCCAGCCCAGCUGGUGUGUACAGUGGGAUAGGUGCUAGCCCCACCAUCCUGCAAAAGCCAUUUGGUGCCUUUGGCUGGGGGGCAUAGCAGGGCACCAGUUCCUUCCUCAUGGCUCUUGGUGCCUGGUGAGCAUUAGGGCCCUUCCCUUGCUCCUUGCAUUGACUUCAGCCCUGGGCUGAACUGUGCCAGCUGAGGUUGGAAAAUGCAUUGGGCAUCAGCUUGGAUUGCAGUGGUGGUGAGUGGAACAGUGACUCAGAAGUAGAGUCCUUCCCCCCACCCUGUCCCAGUGACCCAGCUGUGCCUGAGAUAUAUGCACCACAGGUCUGGAGUGAUUCUUCUAACCCCUCACCAUUAUGCUGGCUGGUGGGCUGAAGCUUGGUACGGAAGUUUGCUGUGUGGAUUCCAGCUUGCUGCACAGAAGAAUCAUGUUGCUUUGCUCUGCUGGGGCUGUGCCAAAGCAGUGCCAGGCCUCCAGGGCUUGCAGAGGGGUAGCAAAUAAGUGCCAAACGGGGAGAAAUGACCAGGCUGAGCCAUUGGUGUGUGGGGAGGGCAGGGACUUGGGGAGAAGUGAGCCCCAGUUUGCAGCAGCUCCUGAGUGAAACAAGUGUCCCUUGUGGCUGCUGCUCAGGGCUGCCUGUCCCCACAUGCCAUUGGGGUGCCUCCCCCUACCCCUACAUAGGGGGUUUCCCAGGAAUGUAUUUAUGUGAUUUUAUAAGAUGAGGAUUAUUAUGAUAAUUAAAAGGCUCAUUGAA